AAACAGAACGCGAUGUUGACGAGACAAGUCUAGGUAGGGUGAGGAAGCCGAGAGGCCCUCCCAGAUCGCCCCCAGCCCCAGAUCCCUGGGGCGCGGGAGGAGCGCGGGGGGCCCCCCGGGCACCCAGAAGAGCAGGAGGAACUCGCGGCUUGGGCGGACCCCAGGAAGAAGCCAUGUCUACUUGGGGGUUUGCUUCCCCGACUCCUGACCGCUUUGCGGUGUCUGCGGUCGCAGAGGACAAGGUUCGGGAGCAGCAGGCUCGCGUGGAGCGUAUCUUCAGCGUGGGAAUGAGCGUCCUUUCCAAAGACUGCCCAGAGAACCCUCAUAUCUGGCUGCAGCUUGAGGGCCCCAAAGAAAAUGUCUGCAGAGCCAAGGAAUACCUGAAGGGGCUCUGCAGCCCAGAACUGCAGAGUGAAAUCCACUUCCCACCCAGACUGCACUGCGUCUUCCAGGGAGCCCAAGGCCUCUUCCUUGACUGCCUGUCCUGGAGCACGUCUGCCCACCUGGUGCCCCUGGCUCCUGGCUCUCUGAUGAUCAGUGGCCUCACUGAGGCAUUUGUGAUGGCUCAGAGCCGGGUGGAGGACUUAAUGCAGCGGCUGAGCUGGGAUCUUCAACUGCAGUCUUGUCCUGGAGCCUCUGCCGGUGCUGGAGUGCUGAGAGACUUCUCUGCCCUGCUGCAGACUAGGGUGGAUGCCUACACAGAGGCCCUGCUGCAGCUGCCCCUGGCUGUCCAGGAGGAGCUCCUAAGCCUGGUACAGGAGGCAUCCAGAGAGCAGGGUCCACAGGCGCUGCCCUCUCGUGAGCGGGGGAGCCCAGGCCUGUUGAGUGCUCAGUUCCAGGGAGUUAGGGCUCCCUUGAAUGAAGGUGGGGAAUCCCCGGGCACUGGAGUGGUGGGGUGGGGAGAGUCAAGGGCAGCAAGAGGAGAAAGUCACACUGUGGAGAAGAGGGGAAGGAAACAGGAUGGUGUCAGGGACAUGAAUCCAGGGCGGAAGGAGCCGCCUGGGGAACACGUCUGGGAGAGAGGAGUGGCUUUUAAGUCGCAACCAGCAGGCGCAGGAGCAGAAGAGGCAGCAGCACCCUUGAAGGGAAAGGCCUCGGGGAAGGAGGAGGGGCCUCAGCAAAGAGGAGGGUUCCCUGUGCAGGAUGAACCUUCCGGUGCCCAUGUGCCCUCUCAGAGGGCAGCUCCAACUCGGGGAGCCUCUCUCCUCCAGCGGCUCCAUAAUGGGAAUACCUCACCUCCAAGAGUACCUAGCCCCCCACCUGCGCCGGAACCCCCGUGGCCCUGUGGAGACCGAGAUCGGGGAGACAGGGGAGACAAGCAACAGGCUGGGGCGCGAAGUCGAGGGUCUCCAUGGAAACGAGGCACUCGAGGGGGCAACUUGGUGACUGGCACACAGCGGUUCCAGGAAGCCUUACAGGAUCCUUUCACCCUGUGCCUUGCCAAUGUGCCCGGCCAGCCAGAUCUCCGUCACAUUGUUAUUGAUGGCAGCAACGUGGCCAUGGUGCACGGCCUCCAGCACUACUUUUCAAGCCGAGGCAUUGCUCUUGCUGUGCAGUACUUCUGGGAUCGUGGGCACCGUGACAUAACUGUCUUUGUGCCGCAGUGGCGCUUCAGUAAGGAUUCCAAGGUCAGAGAGAGUCACUUCCUGCAGAAGCUGUACUCACUGAGUCUACUUUCCCUGACACCCUCACGAGUCAUGGAUGGCAAGAGGAUUUCUUCCUACGAUGACAGGUUCAUGGUGAAGCUGGCUGAAGAGACUGAUGGGAUCAUUGUCUCCAAUGACCAGUUCCGGGAUCUGGCAGAGGAGUCUGACAAGUGGAUGGCGAUCAUCAGAGAGCGCCUGCUGCCCUUCACCUUUGUGGGAAACCUCUUCAUGGUCCCAGAUGACCCCCUGGGGCGAAAUGGCCCCACCCUGGAUGAGUUCCUGAAGAAGACAGUCAGGAAACAGGGCUCUUCUAAGGCUCCCCAGCCCUCCAGAGGCCCCCCAGAGCCUGGGAAUCAGCAGCAGGGGAAGGAAGAGGAAACCGGCAGCGGUGGCAUUCGGAAGACCCGGGAGACAGAGCGGCUCCGGCGCCAGCUGCUGGAGGUGUUUUGGGGUCAGGACCACAAGGUGGACUUCAUCCUGCAGCGGGAGCCAUACUGCCGGGAUAUUAACCAACUUUCGGAGGCCCUGCUGAGCCUCAACUUCUGAGCCUGCCUUGCUUGCCUAGCUGCUGCCCUAUCAGAUUCAGCGUCCCCCGGCCCAGCCCCUUCUUUACAGUCCCCUCUGCUGCUCAGAUGUGACCCAGAUGGUGCUUUGGCUUGAGGAAGCCCUGGAGAAGGGGAUUUGAGUGUGGGAAUAACCUUGCCUUGGGGUACUUUGAGUACAGGUCCAUAAAAAGUGACUCGACCUGAGCCAGGGCCGCAACCAGCUCUUAGGUUGGAUCAGCUCUAACUCCUGAACCUCAUCUUUGCAAAGGGUUUCUGUAGGGUGUAGAAGCUCUUCCUGAAGACUGAGACCAUUGGCCUCACCUCCAAGGUAAACUGAGUUGGAGGCUAGGGUAAGCUGGAGGUGGCACAAAGGGCUAAAUUGAGGAAGACGGCAUCCUUCUGGGUUCCUAGGAUAGGCUGAGCUGUCUGGUUCUGGAGGGGCCAUAGUGCGAUGUGGGCUGUUACAGUGGGACAGCAGAGACCAGAAGGCAGAGGGGUGGGGGUUCCAGUCUCAGGUGUGUCUGCCUGUGACCUUGGCGGAGUCGCUUGGCCUUGCCUAUGUCUAGAUAUCAGGCAUAAAAAAGAACCUUUGAGAGGAAUCAUGAGAACAGAGGAAGGCUCCUGUGAGGAAGUGAUCUUGGCUCAUGUGUCAGGUGUGUCUGCUUGGGGCUGCAUAGGCUCCCUAACCUACGCUUCAUGUUCAGAGAUGUCGACAGUCUGUACCCUCAGUGUAACACUGGGUUUUCAGUAGAACAUGCCCUGUAAUGGCUGCAUCCUUUUCCAGCAACCUUCAAAACACAUAUUAACAAAAUAGUUGUUAGGGUUGAUGGUCGCAUUACCUAAAUACUCUCAGGGUUCCUAGAAGUGGCAGCUGGUCAGCUGCAUUCAAUUGUUUGUUUACAGACUCAUAAAUGUGUCAGAAAGGCCCUGGUUAGUUCUCUCUCUGGUGGUGAAGCCAUGCUUUACAGCAACAAUGUUAGUGGGAUCUAUCUAAUAUUUCCUUUAUGGAAGACGGAGGUUGCAUUGGGCUUUGUGUGUAUGGUGAAGAAACUAGUUUCUGGGCAAAGAUACCUGAUUGGUCACAGAUCACCUCCACUGACCUAUUAUGACCAACUGUUUACAUCCUGAUCCCCACAAGUCAUUGGCUGUAUCUGCUUGAGUCCUGUGCCAGGGAAUUUACUCUGUAAGGUGGCACAUUCCUGACCUGGGUGUCGUUUUUCCAGUAGCUUCUUGUCUAGUGUAGUAACAUGCUUCGAUUACUUUUACCUUCCCCAGGAAUAACUCAGAGCUAGUCGACUUCUUAGAUCAAGAGGUCAGGCAGGCGCCCCUGGGUUCAGCUCUGUUUGGUACCUUGUAGCAAGCCCCUGAAUUAGAUUCUUUUCUGUUUGGCUGACUUCAAGUGACCCAGAGAGUUGACUGUGUAUGGAGCUCAGUGAUCAGGGAGAGGGUCCCUAGGUGCCAGUGUCUUAGCCUGUUUCAUUGGGCAGUUUCCACCUCUAUACCAGAUUGACUCAGGCUGGGACAGCUGUAUUGGAGACAGAUUGAUCAGGGAAAUGACAGUGACUCUUCUCAGUGCCCAGGAAACAGUGAAUGGUCUGAACUGGUUGUCAGUAGAACUGCUUUUCAGGUUUGUGAUUGGUUUCUUGCUCUAGAGAAGGCCAGAAUUAGCUUCCUUUUUAUGCUGUGGGCCCUGGAAGACUGAAGUGUUCCCAGCAGAUGAGAGACAAAUCCUAGGCUUACAGAGGGACACUGGCUCUGUUUCUGCAGUAUGAGGUGGGACUGGCAUGUGUUUGCUACAUUAAUUCACUGUCAUUGUGAAACGCUGAAGGCCAACAUACAGGCCUUUCCCCCACUUUUGCUGGCAUCCUCUGAACUGGUGGUUAGGGUGGCACCAGAACUCACUGGAAAUAGAUCCUUGUAUGUAUUGUCUUUAACCUCGGUCAUAACUUCAUGUCUCACCAGCUCAUUAGGGAAGAGAUACCAAGAAAGAGAGAGACGAGGAGAGAGAUUGCGUAUUAUAACAUUCAGAACCUCAUUUAGGAAGAAGAGCCAUCUGGAGUAAAAUAUAGUUCUUAAGAGAAGUUCUAGGAGAAUCUAAGCCAAAGAGACAGCUGAAGCUAGUGAUAUACUUUAUUGCCAUAACUUAGAACUUUCUCUACACAGCAUAUAGGAGAACUGGGGCAACAGUGUGACCCACAAGAAGUUGAAGAGGUUAAGGUUAGAAUGAGAUUACAACCUUGACUGGAGUUCCUCAGAUAGGGACGGAACAACAAUUCAGGAAGGAAGUAAGGAGGAGAGAUUCGAAGACCCAGAUGGCUUCUGCUCGCAACUACAGGGCCCACCUGAACCCAUCCUCAGUAUGCAGGAACAGGCCUCAGCUCCUGCCUUGGGGUCCUUCUCCACUUAGGCUACAACAUCUUUCAGGGCAGCCCCCAACUCUGGGAAGGUAUACUGGUAGCCAGUGGCCAGUGUCCGCCGUGGGAUCACUUUCUGGCCUUCCAACAGCAUGGUGGCACGUUCUCGUCCAAAGACUGCCUGUACCACAGUGCUGGGGACAGGGACGAAGGCUGGGCGGCCCAGGGCAGCACCCAAGGCUUGGGCAAACUCGCCAUUGGUAGUGGUGUAUGCUGGAGCCACCCCAUUCAGGACUCCUUGGACGUGGUCGGCUUCGAGGGCAUGAGUCAGAAUUCCUGCCAGGUCACCAAUAUGUAUCCAGGGGAAGAACUGGUGACCUGAACCAAUGGGGCCUCCCAGGCCCAGGCGGAAGGGCAGAAGCAUGUGGCCGAUGGCACCACCCCCUCGGCCCAGCACAACCCCUAAAGCAGGCAAGAGAGGUGGUACAGGAAGGCUGCUUAGCCUGGACAAUCUGCACUGUUCCGAUUUCUCCUUUCCCUUCCUCGCUUUCUUCCCGUAUCGAUUUGGAGUGGAGAGAGUUGAGGGUUAUGGACCUUCCUGGGACGUUCCCUCUCUAGGUUACUAGAGUGACGGUGUCCUCUCACUGUAAGCUCAGCCCUGCUCGGCCCACACAUCUUCCACUUUGCCUGGUUCCCAGGCCCCUGGUCCUCACCUGAACGUACCACGACCUGGCGUGUAGACUCUCCAGGAAGCUUGGCUGCUGCUUCCCAUUUGGUUACCAGGUUGGAGAAGAAGUCAAAAUCCCCUCCCGGGCUGUCUUCAUCAUACUCCUCAGUCAGGCUUGGCUGGUAGUAAGCUGCCAUGGGAGAGCACUCACUUGCUUGGGCUGGCCCUGUGCUGCUGGGCCCUCCACAGCUGAAGGCUCCCCUAGCCUCAUUCUCUCUGCCCCUUUGGCUCUCCACAGGGGAAGAAAGGACCGUGACUUUUCCCCCUUGAGGUUCUCCAUGUGUUCCUGCCUGGAAGCCUAGCCUUUGGCUGCAGGGCUAUCCCCAGAGGCUGCUAGCUUGUAGUGGUUAGGGACAGAACCUGGGUGCCAGGCUGCUUGAGCUCCACCAUGCCUCAUGUCUGUGACUUUCUGGCAAGUUACUUCUCUGUGUGAACAAUCUGUAUCUUCAAUAUGGGAGUAACUGUACCUACCUCAUAAGGUUGUUGCAAGGAUUAAAUAAUACAACAUGUAUAAAUUA